UUUGAGAGGAAAAGGAGAAAAAAAAUACCCCACCUUUUAGCAAGCCUUGAAAAGGUACGAAGAGCAGGUUGUGUGUGAAAGUAAUUUGUGGUUAAGGCUAGAUUACUAUUGAUUCACUAUUGUCAACUUUCAAAACAAUAAUCAUAGGCAGCCCUACUUCCACUGAACUAUAUAAACUUCAAAGGUUCCAUCAUCGUAGCAGUUAACAAAUUUGAGUCUCUCUCAUUCACAUUCCUCUUUAAUUCCUUAUCCUAUCUUGUCUUUUCUCUUCCUGAUUCUACUGAACUUGAGAUUCACUUGUUUGAUUUUGCCUUUUCUUUCAUCAUGGAACCAAGCUCCUCAAUUGACUAAAAUGAGUUUUUUAAAACAAGGGACUGAGACUGUCAUUUGAGAUUCAUCCUUUUCACACAACUUGAAAUGGGCAGCGCUCAAAUGUGUAAUUUGGUGCUGUUUCUGGCAAUACUUCAUGCUGUUCUUGCUGUUAGUCCUGGUGAAGAUAAUUCAGCAGAAUCCUACUGGCUUCUGAGAAUCAAAUCAGAACUAGUUGAUCCUGUUGGGGUUCUUGAUAACUGGUCUCCAAGAGCUCAUAUGUGCAGCUGGAAUGGACUUACAUGUUCCCUUGAUCAAACUCAUGUUCUGGGCAUGAACUUGUCAGGCUCAGGACUAUCCGGUUCCAUUUCACACGAGCUCUGGCAUCUUACAUCACUUCAAAUACUCGACUUGUCUUCGAAUUCUCUUACUGGCUCAAUUCCUUCUGAGCUUGGAAAGCUUCAAAAUUUGCAGAUGCUGCUCCUCUAUGCAAAUUCUCUCUCUGGUAAAAUUCCUGAAGAGAUAGGCCUUUUGAAGAACUUGCAAGUUCUUAGGGUAGGAGAUAACUUGUUAUCAGGUGAGAUUACACCAAGUAUAGGCAACUUGACUCAGUUGAGAGUGUUGGGUCUUGCCUACUGCCAAUUUAAUGGAAGCAUUCCUUCUGGGAUUGGUAAUUUGAAGCAUCUCGUAUCUCUUGACUUGCAGAAGAACAGUCUCGAUGGCCACAUACCAGAAGAGAUUCAUGGCUGUGAAGAGCUUCAAAAUCUCGCAGCAUUAAACAACAAGCUUGAGGGAGAUAUCCCUGCUUCAAUAGGGAUGCUUAGAUCGCUGCAAAUAUUGAACUUAGCCAAUAACAGCCUUUCAGGUUCAAUUCCAGUUGAGCUAGGCCAGCUCUCCAACUUGACGUACUUGAGUUUACUUGGAAAUAGAUUGAGUGGCCGGAUUCCUUCACAGCUUAACCAGUUGGUUCAGCUUGAGACACUUGACUUGUCAGUAAAUAAUUUCUCAGGAGCCAUUAGCCUCUUCAAUGCCCAAUUGAAGAAUCUUAGAACUUUAGUUCUGUCUAAUAAUGAUUUGACAGGUAGCAUCCCAAGCAACUUCUGCCUCAGCAAUUCAUCGAAACUGCAACAACUUUUUCUGUCUCGAAAUAGUCUCUCUGGCAAGUUCCAAUUGGAUCUUCUCAACUGCCGCUCGCUCCAACAAUUAGACCUCUCUGAUAACAAUUUUGAAGGAGGGUUGCCGUCUGGCCUCGAGAAACUAGAGCACCUCACAGAUCUUCUGCUCAAUAAUAACAGCUUCAGUGGAAAUUUACCUUCAGAAAUCGGAAACAUGAGUAACUUGGAAACUUUAAUUCUUUUUGACAACAUGAUCACAGGGAGACUCCCACCAGAAAUUGGCAAGUUGCAGAGGUUGAGUACCAUCUAUCUCUAUGACAACCAGAUGUCAGGAGGAAUACCAAGAGAGUUAACAAACUGCACAAGCAUGACAAAAAUUGAUUUCUUUGGAAAUCACUUUACGGGAUCGAUUCCUGCAACAAUAGGGAAGCUUAAGAAUCUGAACAUGCUUCAACUGAGACAGAAUGACUUGUCAGGUCCAAUCCCACCGAGCUUGGGCUACUGCAAAAGGCUUCAGAUCAUGGCGUUGGCAGAUAACAAGAUCUCAGGAACCUUGCCAGAAACAUUCAGAUUCCUUACAGAACUGAACAAGAUAACUCUUUACAACAACUCCUUUGAAGGUCCUCUUCCCGCAUCCCUCUUUCUUCUCAAAAACCUCAAAAUCAUCAAUUUUUCACACAACAGGUUUAGCGGCAGCAUUUCUCCCCUCUUGGGUUCAAAUUCUCUUACUGCUUUAGACCUAACCAACAAUAGCUUCUCUGGUCCCAUUCCUUCUGAACUAACCCAGUCAAGAAAUCUAAGCCGUCUCCGUCUUGCUCACAAUCAUCUUUCUGGAGAAAUUCCUAGUGAGUUUGGCUCACUCACCAAGCUCAACUUCUUUGAUUUGUCAUUCAACAACCUCACAGGAGAAGUGCCACCUCAGCUUUCAAACUGUAAAAAGAUCCAACACUUCCUACUUAACAAUAACCAGCUUGCAGGCACCAUGCCUCCUUGGUUAGGGAGCUUAGAAGAACUUGGAGAACUAGAUUUUUCAUUCAAUAACUUCCAUGGAAAUAUACCUGCUGAGCUUGGCAACUGUUCAGGAUUACUCAAGCUUUCUCUUCAUAGCAACAAACUCUCAGGCAACAUACCGCAGGAGAUAGGAAACCUUACUUCUCUCAAUGUCCUUAAUCUUCAGAGAAACAAUCUUUCAGGCUUGAUCCCUUCAACAAUCCAGGAGUGCGAGAAAAUCUUUGAACUGAGGCUCUCAGAGAAUUUCCUGACUGGUUCUAUACCACCUGAGCUAGGAAAGCUGACCGAGUUGCAAGUGAUCUUGGACCUGAGUGAAAAUUCUUUCUCUGGUGAGAUUCCAUCUUCUCUUGGAAAUCUGAUGAAGUUAGAGGGAUUGAACCUAUCUCUAAAUCACCUCCAAGGAGAAGUACCUUUUUCACUUACAAAGCUGACCAGCCUUCACAUGCUAAACCUGUCAAAUAAUGAUCUCCAGGGCCAACUUCCUUCCACCUUUUCGGGAUUCCCACUUAGCUCCUUCCUGGGCAAUGACAAGCUAUGCGGCCCACCAUUAGUAUCAUGCUUGGAAUCAGCGGGUCAAGAAAAAAGGGGGCUUUCAAACACUGCUGUUGUUGGUAUUAUAGUGGCCAUUGUCUUUACUUCUUCUUUAAUAUGCUUGGUGAUGCUUUAUAUGAUAGUAAGAAUCUGGUGUAAUUGGAGACAAGUUACGAUUUCGAGCAUGGACGCUGGGGGCACUGAACAAAGAAGAGAAGAAGAAAAAUCGGAGUAUGGAGACAAGGAGAAGAGAAGGAAUGGCGAGUACUGGAAGGUGAAUUCCAUGGCAUUGGUUCCUUCACAAGAUAAGCAAAGUCCUAGAACAUGCAUAUUCCAUUUCAAAAUGGAUACAGAAAUCACAGGGAAUACAUUGGUUUGAGGAGAUGGAGUGAUUUUUAUUUUCUUUCUCAAAACUUGUGCAGCGUCUUGAGUUUGUGUAAUUCUUUCUUUCUUUUCCUUUCUUUGCAAAGUGGCAUUGUUAUAAAUUGUAAUGCUCCACCCUGUAGUUUCAAUAGUUUCAAAAUUUAUAGAAUUAGGUGCUUGUUGUUUUAGAGGCAAAUAUCAUGUGCAGUUGUUCAAGAAUCAACAAGUGCUUGCAUUGAAUUCUUGAUGUGGGAUUGCAUUCUGGUUUAUGAUAUUACAUAUAAUUCUGUCAUACCA